AUGCAUCGUCGUUGGUUAUCAUUGCCUUUGCUCUCUAGCUGUGUUUCUGCAUUCUAUCCCUACCAUGCUGGCGAUGAAGGAAAUGAGAACAGCAAGAGAUUCAUCCCGUUGGAUCUUGAGCCCCCGCGUGCGGAUGACUCGGGUGUGGUGGCCAUCGACAUCAAGAAGGCAAUAAUGAAAAGGAAUAAUAUGUUCCCGGUUGUGAACUCCUCCGCCCCCAAUGUCCCUAACGCCAUGGCGAUUAACGAAGACGGCGACGACUAUACCUACUUCUCCACGGUGAAAUUUGGUUCCAAGGGUCAAGAGAUGUACAUGUUGAUCGACAGCGGGUCAGCCAAUACCUGGGUCAUGGGCUCAAAUUGCAAAUCCAAUGCCUGUCAAAUACACAAUACGUACGGCAGUGAAGACUCGAGCACAAUCCAGACGACCACUCAAGCUUGGAGUAUGACUUAUGGCACAGGGGAAGUUGAGGGAGUGGUAGUCAAAGACACGGUGCAUUUGGCGAACUACACCAUUGAGAUGGGUUUCGGCCUCGCCUCCUCAGCGUCAGAUGAUUUCAACAAUUAUCCUAUGGACGGCAUCUUGGGGCUCGGACGACCCGCCUCGGACGCGCUGGGCACGCCGACUGUCAUGCAGGUGUUAAAGGACAAAGCCCAUUUGUCCGCAAAUAUUUUGGGAAUCCACCUACAGCGAAGCUCUGACGGGACCAAAGAUGGCCAGAUUACGUUUGGCGGGAUUGACUCCUCCAAAUUCAACGGCAAACUGUCAUACACCAAAACAAUCAACGACAACAGCUGGCAAUUGCUGCGAGCGACGCAGGCGUGGACAGCAAAUCAGUCGGCUUCCAACGCUCUGCACCAGCUGAUCCCUGGCAGUUCUCAAAACGGAGAAAUCUACACGGUACCUUGUUCCUCUUCGGCCAAUGUUUAUUUCACGAUCUCCGGUGUGAAGUACUCGGUUUCUCCUCAGGACUACAUUGGCAAGCAAAGCGGCAGUAGUGGGAGCUGCCAGAGUAACAUUAUCGGGCACCAGGCAUUUGGGCCGGACGACUGGAUUUUGGGUGACGUAUUUCUCAAAAACGUUUACACGGUCUUGGACUUUGACAAUGCGAAAAUUGGAUUUGGCACGAAAUCUGGAGUGGCUCCGGGCGGUGACAACACUGUGACCACCUCCGCCUUGAUGUCGUCCGCAACAAGCAGUCCUAUAUCGAGCAUGUCACCCGCACCGACCACCAGCUCUAGCACAGCUUCCAGACCGCAAACGACAAUGUCGACAUCCACGACAUCAAAACCAAACGCCUCAUCCACUGGCGCCGCUGCCACGUCGACGUCCACGGGAGCAGGCGACAGCAGCCCCUUUGGAGAGUCGAGCGACUCGAAUUCAUCCUCCUCCUCGGCAGAGGUCGUCGCGAGGCCCAGCCUUCUCCUGCCGCUAAUGGCAAUCGCAUUCUUGGUGGGACUUAUUUUGUAA